GGAACGCCAAGGAAAGUUUUCGACCUCCUCCUUCACCUCUGCUCCUUCCCUGCACGACAAAGUAAGCGGCAGAAGAAUCCAUCAGCUCCACCACACGAGCACACGGACACGCACAAGCCAGAGUCCCAUCCAUCGCCUUUUCCCUGCCUGUCUCCAGCCAACCGAGCACUCUUUCCGCCUCAUCGCCUUCCCCCGCUGCUGCUGGCUGCUUGCCGCCUGUCAUCUUCAGCAUGACCCGAUCUCUCCUGCGUCUGCUGCCGUCACUGGCCGUGUUGGCCUCCAUCUUGCCGGUCUCGCCACACGCGAGUGGCAUCUCUGAUGUGCGUCGUCUCGAGAGCUCCGCCACACGGUGGCUGAUGCAACGGGCGGGGCUCGGCUUGUCGGGCAACAUCGCGCUUGCGUCGGGUGCCACGGGUGGCGCUGGUGGGGCGCUGCGAGGCAUGCAGAGACGACCUGCGUCGGCAGAAGUGGUGAGAGGGACGGGGGAAAGCGUCUCGCAUCAUGGUGGCAUGUGUCUCUGUGUCCUCUGUGUUGUGUGGUGAUGCGGUGCAGCUGGUGAACCAGACCUUCACGUGCAGCUUCCCCGAAGACGGUGAGCAGAGCAGACAACACCACACCACAGCCCAGUUCACUCACUGAAUGAGCUUAUCAUUGUGUUGCUAUUCGUUGUGUUGUGUGGACCAGACUGCAGCAACGAUCCCGACCACCACGGUGAGCUGUCCAACUACACGCACUGCUUCGACGGCCGUCCGCACGCCCACGACUGGCUGCACUGGAUCAUGGACAUCGACAUGAGGUGCACCGACGUCUACAACGAAAACGGCACCGAACUCGUCACCUGCAAGGACCUCGCCCCCUACCAGCAGGAGACGCACGACCUGCUCUCGCACUGCCAGGAGGACUCGGACCUGAUGAUCGGCACCUGCUACUACGUCUGCAUCCAAGGUCGCACGACACGGGAGGGAGACCACAUGGAUGGAUGGAUGGAUGGAUGGGGUCUGACUGGUGUGGUGUUGGCGUGUUUGUUUGCAGGGCGUCCUGUGUACCGGUGUGAGCUCAGGUUCGACCCCGAGAAUAAGCACCUCAUGCGACACGAGGCCAUCAAGAAAUGUAAGUCAGUCGACCUAGAGGCAGGCCAACAUAACAUACAUACAUACGCACCAACCCAGCCGCCCAGCAGUGACCUCUCACUGCCUCACUCACCCACCCCACCGACGUGUGCGUAUGGCUCCGUGGCUGCAGGCAACUGGAAUGCCGUGUGCCUUAACGCGACUACAGAGCUCAACCAAGUCGUCUGCACAGGGUAGGCGUCAGCGCUUUUCACGCACGCACCUCAACACACUCCUACAACCACAUCUCACACUUCGCCUUGUCUGUUCGUUGGUUUGUUUGUUGGUUGGGUCCUUCUUCCCUUCCUUCUUCAGUUGGGACGACGAGCAGCCGCACCCCAACGCCGGGUCGGGUUCUGACAUCGGCCCCGGCCAGAGCUUCGAGAGGCAGACUGCGGACGGCUCAGCGGAGGAGGAAUCGCGCCUCCCGCCCCCACCACAAGCACUCAACGAAGACGGCUCCUUCUCGGAGGCCAACGUCCCCACACAGCAGAAGGCUGCAACACCCGCCACACAGUCGGAAGAAUCAGAGAGCCGCAGCGAAGGCGUGGCCGCGACCGUGUCUGAGCGCGUUGAGUCGUCGAGGAUAGCGAGCAUCGACGGCGGCAGCGACGGCCGGCACAUGGCGUACGAGAUCAUAAUCGGUGUGCUCGCCGGUGUGGUGGUGCUGAUUACGGCUGGGGGCGUGGCGUGGUGGUGCUACCGCAAGAAGGGGCUCCUCAGGAGCGGAGAUGUCUCACCUUCUGUCAGCCAUGUCUACCCUGGAGGUAGGUAUCGAUGAGCCAAUGGGAGGGAGGGACUAGGGCUGGCUGGGACACGUGUCUCUGUCUGCUUUGUUGUGGGUUGUCUGUUGGUGCAGGCGGUGGUCCGAUUGUUGUAGGCAGGCCUGCCUCAGACUCAGCCGUGCAGGUGUGCACUGCACGCAAGACAGAGAGACAGACGGAAAUAACACCGGCACCAAGCCAUGUCGACACAUUCUCUGCCUGCCUGGCCUGUGUAUUGGACUCUGUUGAUUGGAACUGUUCAGCUCGACAACUCUCAAUCGUUCAACCCUGGCGACCCGCCAAUCAAGCCCAAGACGGCAAAGUCUGCACCACCAAGUCGGCAAGUCACGGCUGUCUGACCAACUCAAAUAAGCAGUCAGACAGCACGCGACUCUUUACUUUUCGUUUCCUCUCCCUCCUCUUCUUGCGUUGCGUUGCGUUGCCU